GAAGAUCAACUCGAGCAAUUAUUUCAAAAGCAUUACGUCGAUACUAUGUCGUCUAGCGAAGAAGAAAAUUGUGAUGAUUACCUAGGCGAAGGGGAUGGUGACGAAUUUCUUGAAGCCGACAGAGGUCAGUAUUUUGAUAGUGUGAAUCCUUUGACACCCUCUCAAGUUCAGCGACCGGCAAAUUAUGUUACACCACCCCAACCUCAACGCCGGAUGCCUAUCCAGCUUCCUGAAAUUCACACGCGUGUUUCAGAAGUUCGUCCAGAGCCUCCACAAAGGUCUGCGCCUCCCGUUCAAUCAACUCUUGCAGUUUCACAAAAGCCCUCAAGCCCAGAGAGUAGCGGCAGUUCAGAUCAAGGAAAUGCACUUUCAAGCCCAGAGGUUAGCGGCAGCCCAAAUGAAAAAAAUGCCUCUUCAACUCCUCAGGAGCAAAGAAGAUCCUCAGUCGUUCUAGAAAGUCCUUCCAUGUCAAAUGAUAGCAUGCAAGAUGUUCCGAACCCAAUAGUUGAUUCUGAUAACGAGGAUAGCUCAUCAACAGAUGGCCAGCAUGCAGAUGGAACAAGCGCCGACUUAAUGCAAAGUAUUGAGUCGCCAGACGUCGAAAACGAGGAAGAUUUCGAGGCUACUAUUGACCAUGGCAGAAUUCAAGUGGUUACAAACGAUCCGCACGAUGCGAUUCCUCAAAGAUCUCCCCACGUACCUCUACAGAUGUCAAAAAAGCAUCACAAGUCUACAUUCGGUACUCCACAUAAUUCCAAUAAUCGUUUCAACAGAACUUCCAGUCAUUCCCAGACCCCAAAAGAGCCACGCCAACAGAGACAAGCAGAAGUAGUUCCGAAUGAAUCUGACUCUGACGAUGAUUGCGUUAUUAUAAUGAGUAGACCAGCACGUCCCGGAAAGCCAAGGAUGGACCAUCAGCCUCCUGUUAUAAAGAAUGAGCCAGCCUCUGAUUUGACAAUGAAUGCUAGCGCACCAAACAUAGCCAGUGUCAGCCCUGAGAAUACCGUGGUGCCCGAUGAUUCUGACAGAGAAUUAAGCCCUACUGAAGAAGAAAUGAUCGCAGCUCAAGUAUCAAUUCUACGCCGAACUAUACAUCGAACUCAAUCUGAAGAUGAAAACUCUCCCAGACCGGUAAAUAAUAGUAGAAAGAGACGCAGAGAGAGCAUGGUGUACCUCGAGGAUCAAGCAGAUAUUGACAAUGCUAUACAAGUUAAUGAAGAUGACAAUAAUUGGAUGUAUGCCCAAGGAGAUGAAGGCGACGAUUCACAAGAGGAAUAUGAGAACCUUGUGAGGUUACAAAAUGCUUUGAACAAAGGCCUGAAAAAAGGAACUCUCGAUUUCAACGGAAGUGCUGAGCUCAACAGAGUCAACCAAAAUAUUGCAAAGUGGAAUCGCCUUAAGGCUGCUAAAGCUAGAAGUGCUGAGGAUGAAGACGAAGACGAAGAAUCGCUGUUCAUCCCUGAAGAAGGGUAUCGAAGAUUUCAAAAUGUUGCUGAUAAUGGCGAAGGUCCAUCUUCAAUAUCUGACAACAGAUUUGAAGAUGCUGAUGAUGGCAAUGCAGGUCUUGCUAAAAUGCUUCAGGAAAAGUAUGACAAUGACCCUUCCAAAAAGCAAAAAGCCAAGAGAACACGUCGAGCCCCAGCCAAAAAUGCUCGAGAAUUCCAGGCUAGGGAACAAGCAAAAAUUCUUGAGAAAGAAAAGGCAAAGCCACAGAAGCAAAAGGCUGGUGGUGGUAAAAGCGGAAAAGCUAAAGCCGGACGAAAAGGCAAAGGCAGGGGCAAGGAGAAGGAGAAGAAAUCCAAAAAGGGGGCUGUUAAAGUCGAUAGAAACAUGAAAGAGGCUCGAUUCAUGGGACAACGCGGAGGACAAGAUGACAUUGGACAAUUGAUUUUGGAUGAUCUCAUGAAUUCCGAUGCGAUCGGAGAUCGUCUUCAAGAUCCUAUUUUCAAUUGCGCUCCCGAACUCCAGCUUGACGGACCCCGAACCAAAGCAUCCCAACUUCAACAAUUGUUCGCCAAUAUUCCAGAGGGUAGUAAUAAGACCAAGGGAAAAUCCGAUAAAGCAAAGCUUUUGCAAGCUUCUCGAAGUUUUGGUUAUGCACAAGUCAAAGCUGUCAAUGGAAAGUGGCUUGUCAAGGGAAUGAAAUCAACCUUGUACCAUCAUCAACUACUCGGUGCACAGUGGAUGGUUUCUAGAGAAUUGAGUUCUGAGCCACCUCAUGGUGGUCUACUUGCUGAUUCAAUGGGUCUUGGCAAAACUGUGCAAACCCUGGCUUGCAUGGUUGGCAAUCCACCCACAGAAGAAGAUACAAAGCGCGGAGUGACGGCAACAUUGAUCGUUGUUCCCUCUUCAGUCAUCUCCCAAUGGUUGGAAGAAAUUCGGAACCAUGUCUACGAAAAGGCAUUCCCAAAGGUAAUGCAGUAUAAGGCAUCAAUGAAUAUCCCCGAAGCUGUCCUCAAAGAUUUAGACAUUGUCGUUACUUCUUACACAGAAGUCAUGAAGCAAUUCCCUUUCCCUGAUCGUAAGGGCCGGGAAGAUAUUGCUAGGUAUGGGUAUAAAAAAUGGUGGAAAAGCGCUCAUGACCAACUUGGCGAUCUUCAUAAGAUCAAUUGGCGCAGAAUUGUUCUCGACGAAGCUCAUGCAAUCAAAAACAACUCUGCGAGAACAAGUUUGGCUUGCCAAAAUCUGAAGAGUGUUUAUCGGUGGUGUUUGACUGGUACUCCUCUUUUGAAUAGGCUCGAAGAGCUUUUUCCGUACCUUCGAUUUCUCAAGGCCAAUUAUGCAAUGGAUUGGAGGACUUUUCAGCAAUACUUUUGCGAUCCUGACGCUGACGAUUGUAAUAAUCGUAUUGCAACUCUUUUAAGUUACGCCAUGAUGCGUCGUACUAUGAAGACCACGAUUCUCAAUAGGCCAAUCAUCACUCUCCCUAAGCCCCACCCUGUUAUGCAACAGCUCAAUUUCUCUCGAGAAGAGAGGAUUAUUUAUCGGAUUACUGAGAACCGCUUUCGUGCAAACCUUAAUGUGUUCCUGGCCAACGGCACGGCCCAACGAGCCUAUGGAGUCUUCUUCGUUCAACUACUUCGUCUUAGACAAUGUACUUCUCACCCUUUUAUGCUUGAACGCACAAUGAGAGAGUCCUGGACUACCGAAGACGUUGAGCGGCUUCGCAAGGAGCUUGGCAAAUUUAAAGACACAAACGUAGCUUUUUACGAGCAAUGCAAACUUUGGGUUACUGAAAGUGAGGAAGAAAGAGCAGAAGCUAUAGCUAGAGGUGAAAAGGGAGCCGAAGCUAUUCCUUUCGGACUUUCCAAAUUUGGUGAAAGCUUCAAGUUUGAUAGUGCGUUGGAUUCGCUCAACGAGGAAGAGCUUUAUACUCGGAUCACCUGUCAUCUUUGCUCAGAUGUUCCAAAUGAGCCUGUCAUUACUGAUUGCUCACACAUAUUCUGUCAGAGCUGUUUGGAAAAUCAUAUACACACGCAGAUGCACUUGUCCGAUGGUGAUGACAAGUUCACCGUUUGUCCCAAAUGUGACAUCAUCUUCGCUGAUGCCUUACCCUAUAAAGAUCUCGAGAUUCCUGAUGAUGACAACAUGGACUCUGGUCUCAACCAAGCUCAAGAAUCCGAAAGCUCAUCUAGGGCAAGCAAGCGCCGUAAAACCACCAAUGACAAAUCUCGUCGUACACAUGGAGUUAUAAGCAAAGGUUUGGAUGCACUUGAUUUUGAACCUUUUACUAAAGACAAUACUUGGGUCACCAGAUCAGAUUAUGAUCCUAACUUCCCCCUCAUUCCAAGUGCAAAAACCACGGCGUUGAAAGCUUUGCUUUUAAAAGGCUUUGAAGAGGCUCCUGAUGAUAAAGUAGUUAUCUAUGUCCAAUUCCGCACGCUAGCCCGUAUCAUCGGCCGCAUGUGCAAAGCUGAAGGUUGGGGCUUUUUGUACCUCACCGGCGACGCCUCACUUGAGCAUCGAAGCAAAGCCACCAAAGAAUUUCGCAACCGUGACGAUAUUCAAAUCCUGAUCGCCGGCCUGAAAUGCGGUGGUCUCGGACUCAAUUUCCCAUUCGCUAAUCGCUGUAUCUCGCUUGAUCUUUGGUGGAACCACGCUGUCGAACAACAAGCCUUCGGUCGCAUCUUCCGCAUUGGCCAAAAUAAAGAAACGUGGAUGACGCGACUCGUCGUGGCUAAUUCGGUCGACAUGCGUCUGUUGGGUAUGCAGAAUUGGAAAUUGAAAGCGUGCGAGAAGGCGAUUGAUAAUAAUGGAAUAAGCGGUGCGAGCGGAAGCGCGGGAGGAACAUUGAAUUUGUCGCAGUUGGCGAGGUUAUUUGGAUUCUUGAAAACGGAUGAAGAUAAUAAUUUGUUGAGGAUUGAACCUGAUUAUGAGGAUGGGGAGGAUCCGAUGGAUGGGGGACUUGCGCAUGGGGGCGCGGAUCAGGAGGGUUUGAUGGGUUGAGCUUGGUUGGUUGGUGAGAUGAUUGGAUGCGCAAAGUGAUAUUCUUUGAGGUUUUGAGGAUGGGGUCAAUAUGGGAAGCAGGGAAUUGAUUUAGAGGUUGAUAUUGUUCUUUUUGCUAGAGACAUGCUUGUUGGUGCGAGAUUGGGGAAGUUAUUUUAUUAUGAUAGGUGGUUUCACGCGGGCGUUUUAUCGAUUAACGAAAACUCAGGGGGGGAGGAGGAAAGAAGGAGAGGUUUCUCUUAGGGGUUUAUUCUUCAAAAUACAUGCAUACACA